AUGCAAAAAGGACAAGAGAGCGCAGGGAAACCAACCACCUCGAGUAAUCUCAAUGGCACCACCAGUGACAUACCAGCUGCAGUGGAUUUGGACAAUCUUCGAGUGGAAAAGGAAUGCAAAGGAAUAUUGACCUACAGUCAAUCAAAGAGUAUUUUAGAAGCCACGACAAUGGGCAUCGUCAAAGAAUUGGAACCCAAGGGUGUCAUGAUGGUAAAGGUAGUAUUUCCACCAUUACGGGCAUCGACCGACAUGGCGCAAGCUGUCAGUAGCAAAUCACUUCUGGGAGCCAUGACAUUGUUCUAUCCAACGCUGAAAUUGAUGUUUUGCAAGGACAAUGGGGAAUCCGCGGCCAAAGCGGUCACCUACUUUAUUUGGGGUGCUACUAGUACUAAGUCCGGACUUCUUGUUGGAAGGAGUCCACGGCAAGGAGGACUUUGA